UUCUUAAUAAAUUGAAUAAAAUGAGUCAGAACCAACAAGAAAAAAUCAACAAAUCUUUAAAGCCAUUUAUCGAGAACCUCAGGAGUCACAAGAAGAAGACUAGGCACAUGAGCAUCGUGAGUAAAUCAUUCAAUAAGUAAGGCCAAGAGUAAGAAGACUGACUGGUCCUUUAUUCAGAGGGUUAAUAAUAUGAAAUAAGAGGGAAAUAAUCUCAGAGACCAGGAAUAACCUCAUGUAUACACGCUGGAAGAACAAGAUCGGAUCUGUUAAGACGGAUAAGUAUGAAAAUAUGAUUAAAGAGUUUACUGCAUUACCUCAAGUCACUCUUCAAGAGAAAAUCAAUUAUUACUUUGCAGUGAAUCAAAAGGGAGCCUCCUUCGAUCUCUCUCGGAGCUUUAGCCCAGAUGAGCAAUUUUGACAGUUGAAGAAAGAUGAUAACUGGAAAUCAAUUGCAAGCAUAAUUUUAAAGCAGGAGCCAAAAACAUUUAAAUAAGUCGAUGGCUCUGAUAAAUGAUUACCAGAAACAAAUUUCAUUAACUAAACAGACUAUCUACAAGAAGAAGACCAAAAAUAAGAGAAGUGAUACUCUUUCAAGCUUUAAAAGCAUCAGGCUUGGGUCAUUGCCAGUCAGUGGAAGUCUCUCUAUUCACAAAGAUUCAACUAUGGAGAUUCACAAGCCAUCUCUAAUGAGCAUGCCUGAUGGUAUUUAUGAGAAGGAAUUAAGUGAUGACUCAGUCUCUGGUCACGGCACAUUAAAAUAACCUAGCUCCUAUCUCUCCUGAUUCAGAAGCUGCUUUGAACAUUAGUAGGGACAAAAAUUAUUUUAAGGAACAAGAAGAAAUUAAAAUUGGAGUUGAUGCCAUCGAAGAGGAGGAUGAAACAGUUUCAAUGUGCUCUAAGCCUUCUCUCAAGAGCAUUGAAAAUACUUCCAGCCAGCAUAGGGUGAAUUCUGCUAUUGAAGAAGAAACCAAAUAAGACUAAGCCGAAGAAGGGUAUCAGAUAUCGGAAGGCCAUCAAGAAUCGAGAUAGUGAAAAGUUUAGAUUGAGGUCGAAGCUUCACCUCCACAAUUCUCAGUCUAAUAAGCAAGCUAGUGGAGCUAUCAAUCGAAGCCAGUCAUUGAAAUAAGGAAACAACAUUUAAAAGGAAAGCUCAGAAAAAUAAAUUUUCAAGUAUCUCAUUGCUUCAAAAUACAAUUCAAGUUCCUAAUAAUGACUUGUUAAUGAGUAGCACAAAUAUGAGUAUUAGUAGCCCUCUCCAGAAGAGGAGUAUACAUAAUUCCCCAAGAGCAUCAAUACUCAAGAAGGAAAAUAGAGAAAAUAUACAUAAGUUUCAGGCGAAAAUAAAAACCCUAGUGUCAGAGUCUCAAAAUCGAAACUUCAAAAUCAGGAAUAGGUCGAUCGAAUACAAGACUCCUGGGUUAGACCCUUUAUUAAAGAUAAAGAAGGCGCAAGGGAGGACUAACUCUCUAGGCAAGAUUGGUCUACUCACUUUAUAGAAACUGGUAGGAGCUUUAAGUCCAAAUAACCCCUAUGUUGAGUGAGAAGAUCUUCGGAAGAAGAUCUUUGGACCUCCUCCUGAGAUCAACAAAACUCUUUUAGCAAGAAGAGAUUGUGACCACUUUAGAAAUUUAUUAGAUAUGAUCUCUUUACCAGAGAUAGAGUUUAGAAAACUAAUUAAUGAAGGCCAGAAGCCUAAAAUUAUACCCUCAAAAGAGACAAAACAAUCAAUUAAGCAACAUAAGAUUAGAGCAUUGCAGCUUUCUAAAGAUUUGAGAUCAAAGAAGAGCCCUGAGUUGAUAUACUCACCCAUAACUCAGGAGAGGAGGGUAAAGCUGAACACAAAUCUGCGCGUCUCCAUCACUAUGGAUGAGUUUCUAUAACCCCAGUA